UUCCCCAGUCUGGCCAGCAGUUGCACCCAGUGUGAUAGAUGGCUAUAAAUGGGGAAGUUGGAACUUUAAAAGGCAGCAAGCGGCGUGGUUGGCUGGUAGUUAGAUUUGCUGUAACAUAUGGCAUUAAGAGGAGCACAGCUGGAGGUAGCAUUUCUAUCCUAGUGAACUCAGAGCAGCUGACUUUCCAGCUUGCUGUGUAAUUAGCAAAGCGAGCACUCCCAGCCUCCUCCUCCCUCACACUGACACAGGGACACACGCUGCUGCUGCUGCUACUCACUGCUUGUCUGUUGGGGACCUUGUAAUACCACGAACCAUGGCAGAGACGAAAAGCUAGAUCACCCUACAACUCCCCGGGGGCAUAUCCCACGAGCCGGCUCCAUUCCUACCAUUGCGCAGGGAGGGGGGGAAGGUUAUGAAGGAAGAAUGGAGUUUCCAGACCAUAGCCGCCAGUUGCUGCAAUGUCUGAGUCAGCAGCGUCACCAGGGUUUCCUGUGUGACUGUACUGUUUUAGUUGGGGAAGCUCGGUUCCAAGCUCACAGAGCCGUCUUGGCGUCUUGCAGCAUGUACUUCCAUCUUUUCUACAGGGACCAGCUAGACAAAAGGGACAUUGUACAUCUGAACAGUGACAUCGUCACGGCCCCGGCCUUCAGUCUGCUGCUUCAAUUCAUGUACGAGGGGAAGCUGGAAUUCAACAACCUCCCGGUAGAAGAUGUGCUGGCCGCUGCGAGCUAUCUUCACAUGUAUGACAUUGUUAAAGUCUGCAAGGGCAAGCUCAAAGAUAAAGAAUUCAAUUCAGCAGAGAGGGCCACCGAUGAAGGGUCUGACUUGGAGAAGGAGCAUGGUUUCUCCGAUACGGACGGACCUCAAGGAUGUAUCUUGGAUGCAGGGGAUAAAGAAAAAAUGUCUACCACUGAAUGCGAGAAACCGGCCUGGAAAGAAAAGGUCAGCGGGCUUCCAGGCUGGUCCCCCGAAUUGAUAGGUGUCAAUUCAGUUUCUACAGAGGCUGUGUCGUGUAAGACAGCAGCUGGAAAAACAAAGGCCAGUGUCAAUAGUUCUUCAUGCCCUUUGUCCCAGAGAUCUGCUAACCAUAUACAGCCUCCAAGUGAUGGGGAUUGUGCUCUGGAUUUGUCUUUCAAGCCAAUGUCUGCGAGAGAUUCCUUACACCCCUCCUACGUCUUUGGACAGCUGGCUUCCGACAGCCAGCAGCAGGGCACUGUGCCACUUGUUAAAGAUGAACAAGGCUUGCUGUCAGAACAGGAGGACAGUGAAGCAAAGAGUCCAAAGAGUCAACAUGUUGGGAAUUCGGCCAAAAACCUAAUGACAGGGUUAGGACACAUGUUCGCAGGAAAUGGAAAUUCACACGUUAGGGAAGAGGACUUGUAUCACGAUCGAGACGAGAGCGAGGAUGACAUGGACUCCUCGGAUCUUUCCACCUCGGGUGUCCUCGUCUCCCCGGGACAGAUUUGCAUAUGUCCUUUGUGUAGUAAGGUUUUCCCAAGUCCUCAUGUCCUCCAACUUCAUCUCAGCUCUCACUUCCGAGACAGAGACGGUUCUCGGAUCAAGAUGUCUCCAGAUGGUUCUGUUCCCACCUGUACGAUAUGCGGCAAAACUUUCUCCUGCAUGUAUACCUUAAAGAGACACGAACGUACGCACUCCGGGGAAAAGCCUUACACUUGCGCCCAGUGCGGCAAAAGUUUCCAAUAUUCCCAUAACCUCAGCCGUCACGCCGUGGUCCACACGCGGGAAAAGCCACACGCGUGUAAGUGGUGUGAGAGACGUUUCACCCAGUCGGGUGACUUGUACAGACACAUCCGUAAGUUUCACUGUGGCCUGGUCAAGUCGUUGGUUGUGUAGUUAAUAAUAUGAAGUUUAAUGUUCAUGGUUGGAUCUAGUAAUAAUCUCAAUCCCUUCCCACAAAGUACGUCUCCCCUCCCCCGACAAUUAUUUAAUAUAUAUUUAAUAUGAUUUGUCCUGCUGUUCAUAUGAAUGUGACAGAUUACUGCAUAUGUGAAAAAGGGUCAUCAGCAAAAAAAAAAAAAGUCUGCAAAUUACCCAAAAUCCCUUGCUCACCACAUGUAGGCUACGUCUGUUUAAUAUCCUGACUCCUAAACCUAUGCACUCGUGACAAUAACUACCUAUAUAAUGUAUAUUGAGUUACGGAUGUAGCGGGGCUGUGUGGGUCAUCUGGCGCAUGGUAUUACGUUCAGCUUAUUGGCAUGUCAACCUGUUGCAUUAGCGCAAUGCACAAUACAUUCGGCCCUGCUACAUCUGCAAAAUGGUGCCCCCCCCCCCAAUUGCAUGUCAAGUUUUCUGUCAACAGUAUUUAGGGCGCGCUACGCAAUUUCUUUGGUAUAGGUAAAGUGUUGAACAUUUGAUAAAUGUUCGGUUGCUUUAAAGUAUUGACUAUUAAAAUUCCAGUUCUCCUAGUGUUUCUGCACCCGGUCAAUGGCGUGCAUCUUGUCAGCCUGAUGAAUUUUUCUCAUUUUGGCUGAAUUCGUUAAUAUGAAGUACAUAGAGCGCCAUCUAAGACUGUGGGCCUUAGUUAUCAACGCCUUUUGACCAAAAACUGGCCUCGUUGCUCGUAGAAACCAGCGAUUGGAUGCUUAGGGGCCAUGAGGCCUGUUCUUUCAGACGGUGUUGAUCAAUGGAGUCCCUAUGCGUUCCCUCAUCUGAAGCAGAUGAAGAAGUUUAGUAUUUGUAUCUAUGAUGUAACAUUUCGGUGACCACCACGAAGACCACCUGCGACACAAUGGCGGCGACCUGCCGCAGUCCCCUCAGGAAACAUUGUACAGUCAAUGUUGAACAAUGCGUUACAACAAAUGGUCUUUAAUAAGUUUUAUAGUAUUCAACACCCUGUCGGUUGGGGCUCCCAGAAUUCCCUGCAAGGUUUUAAAGGGGGGGAAAGGGGUACAUGACACAGAGGCAACCGCUAGCGAGCAAUCAGAACUUGGCUUUCCUCGGUCUAUCCCAGGGAUGGCCAAAAAUUGUUGACGACCGGUUAUAAACUGGAAAUGUAAAUAAUUCAAAAAGUUAGCAAGUGUUGGCUACUUGACUCCAGUCUUGGUCUAGUCCUCCUAGGUUGAAGUGAACAAGGGUCUUAUUGUUUGCUAUGGGUUGCCACGGGUUUGUACCAUUUGCAUGAAGUUUAUUAUAGUCCCACAUGAAGUGGAGAAGGGUCGGUAAUCUGGAAAAGGGAAGUACUCCAUUUCAUAGGCAGUGUUUUUAUUUUUCAGGACCAAUGGGUUGGAUUGUGAAAUUCCAAUCCAUUGGGCACCUCUGAGAUGAAUGAAACCCUAAUCACUACAAAAAGAAAAAGCAGAUGCCCUUAAUGAUUCCCAAAUGUCCGUGUAAUGUGAGGAAAUAUAUUUAUACCCCAACUCUUGUCCCGUGUUCACGUUGCAACUUUUUUUUUGUUCCCCUAACCACUGUUACAUUCAGGCUGAAGGUAUGAUACGAUAUAUAUGUCAUUUUAUUUCCCUUUUUAUGUGUGAACAUCCUUGUUUAAUAGGCUUCAUCGAGGUACAGUAGUUCUAUUGACUGGUUAGUUCUGUUAUUUUG